AUGGAUGGAGGCACUGUCAAGAGCUUCAACCCCGACAAGGGCUUCGGAUUCGUCGUCGGCCCCGACGGCACGGACGUCUUCCUCCACAGGAAGUCUUGCGCCGACAACAGCGUGCCGCAGAAGGGCGAUGUCGUGACGUUCGACAUGGAGCCCAGCACCACGAAGCCCGGGCAGUUCCAGGCGGUCAACGUCACCGGCGGCACCGGCAGCGCGGGCGGCGGCACCCCGGUGGAGGGCACCGGCGCGCACCGUGGGACGUGCAAGUCCUUCAGCGCGCAGUCGGAGUACGGCUUCAUCGUCGGCGAGGACGGCUCAGACAUUUUCCUGCACCAGAGGGCGAUGGUGGACGGCAGCACGCCGAAGCAGGGGGACACGCUGCAGUACGACCUGGAGCCCAGCAGGUCAAGGCCGGACAAAAUGCAGGCCACCAACGUGACUGGCGGAACGGGCAAGGGCGGUGGCUACGGCAAGUCCGGAUGGGGCGCGAAGGGCGGCGGCAAGGGCGGCCCGUACGGCAAGGGCGGUUGGUGCGGCAAGGGCAUGGACAUGGGCUGGGGCGGCUGGGGCGGCAAGGGCAUGCCCAUGAUGGGCUGGGGCGGCUGGGGCGGCAAGGGCUGGUGGCACUGGCCAGGCACAGUGGUGGUGGCAGUGUUGGCGUACAGGCAGGGCACGGCGGACCGCGCACGGCUGCUCGCGGCGCGCGCGGCCCGGGUGAUCGAGAGCCCGCCCGGCACGGGCGCGGCUGCCGCCGCCGGGCCCGAGCGGGAGACGGGAGGCGGCCUCACAGUGGACGUGGCCGAGACCUGCUCGGGGCCGCCGGCUGUCUGGGGAGGUGCCUCCCGGAGCGCGCGCAGCCCCCUGCGGGCCGUCGCGCCCGACUUCCGGCGCCUGCCGCUGACGCCCGGGCGGCUCGAGCUGGGCCCCGAGAGGCUGCUGCCCCCGCCCCCGCCGCCGGCGUGCGCCCAGGCCGCCCCCGAGCCGCCGCCGCUCUCCGAGAGGAGCCGGAGCCCGACGCCGCGGGGGCGGGCCCGCGACGGGGCAGGCGGGGCUCAGGCGGCGCCGCCGCUGCAGCCGCUGGUCGAGUCGGACGCAGCGGCACCGACGCGCCAGGCCGUGUCGCCCCCGGCCUGGAUCUCCCCGCCGCGCCCGCCGAUGCCGGCGCUGCCGGGGCAGAUGCCGUCGCAGCCCAGCUCGCCGCAGCCCGCGCCUCCCGCGGGCCCCGCGGCGAGCAGGGGCUCCGGCAUCGACCCCGCCAGCCUGCGCCUGGACCUCUCGAGGGUGGCCGCUGGCCGCGCGCCACUUCCGGAGGCGCUGCGGCGGGGCGCCUCGCCCAGCGGCAGCGCCAGCAGCAGCUCCAGCCGCUCCGGGUCCCUCAGCAGCUGCCGCACGCCGCCGCUGCAGCCGAGCCCAGAGCCGAGGGGCCCCAAGGGCCCGCCGCCCGACGAGCUCGACGACGCCCUCGCCCGGCUGGAGCUUGGCCCCGAGCCGCCCGCCGAGGAGCCCUUGGCGCUGCCGCUCGGCGACCGAGAUGGCAGGGGCCCUCAGGACGACCGCCUGGCUGACCAGCUCAUCGACGAGCCGGAGACCACCCAGUGGACCUUCGGCCGCUACCUCAAGCACAAGCAGCGGCGCAGGCUGCUCGAGAUCUGCGGCGGCGGCAGCAGCGGCACGAAGGACAGCAGCCGAGGCUGCGUCUCCGUCCUGGGCUGCGUGCUCGUGAACCUGGGGUUCCUCCUCUUCUUCGGCUACCGCGCCCACGGACCAGGGUCUGCGAGGGCCCGCGCUGGCGAGGGCGAGAUCGUCGUCUCGGAGGACUCGGGCCCCCGCUGCGCGGGGGUCGGCGGGUGCUGGGCGGCUGCGCCGCGCUCUGCCACUGCGCCUGCUUCUCCGGCGUUGACCGCGGCGUGCAGGAGCAGGAAGACGACACCUUCCCUUCCGACCUCGUUGACGAGGAGGCGGGGCAGCAGGCGCUAG